AUGGACAACCCAUCUCGGUUGCCUCCCGGUUCCGUCUCGGAGGUCGGGGCGCAAGCCCCGACGGUGAUGCAGAACAUGGUUGCCUUCUCCGGUUUCGACCGGAAGGCGGUGGUCGAAGGGUGCAAGCCCAACGACGAAGAUGUAGCGAAGGAGAUAACGGGCGCGAUGCCCAUGGAGGUGGCAGCCGAAUUCGCGCGGCCUUUGAGCCUUGACACGGACUCGAGCGAGAGUGGCUCUACCGUGAGGAGCAAAAAGCUUUGGAGAAGGAAGUCGCUACAACGGGAAGCGGCGCGGAAAGACGCAGAGAAGGAGCUGGAGGACCAGCUGCAAUUUAUCAAGUCGCCGGUCCCCCCCAGAACAUCAGACACCGAAGAGGACCGUCCAGUACUCAAGGAAGACCUCCGUAAGUGCACCCAGGUUGUUCGCAAUGUCGUGAGGAAGUCAGGCAACCUCAAAGGCACUUCCCAGAAAGCGCUUAACUGGGUCACGGACAAGAUCGUGAAGUACGUGGAACAGCCUGAGUCCGCUGUCAUUGCGCGCCUCGAGGAGGAAAUAAAGAAGUGGCAGGAACACAGUGCCCGUCUUGAAGCCAACAUGAAGGCCAUGAAGGAGGAGAAUGCCACCCUAAAACGACGCCUCGAAGACCUGGAGGCGUCCGCAAACAAGUCAUCGACGGAGGAGAUGCUGGCGAUGGUGGAAGCGAGGGUCCAAGCCAGGCUCGAGUCGGCCCUGAUGGGGCCAGCCCAAAGGCCCACCCUCGCCCACGAAAGAAGGACCGCCUCUGGGGACACAGAACUCCCCGUGACGAGCGGAUAUUCGCUGGGCCCUCCAGCGCGCCGCCACAAGCCCGUCGCAGGGCCCUCCACGGCUCCGGCGAAUACGUCGGCAUCGACGGCGAAGAAGACCCAGGACCGAAGGAGAGAGACGCCGAAACAAAAGCCCCAAAAGGGCAAGAAGAACGGACCGCCUCCAGCCCAACCUGCUCCAGAGCCCCGCGUGCUGCCGCCAGCCCCGGCUAACGUGGACACGCCGUGGGUCGAGGUGGUCAGAAGAAAGAAGAAGGGGAAGCCGGCAGCAGCGCCAACAAACAGCACGCAGCCGCCGAAACCGACGCGCCGGAAGGAGCCAAAACUGCGGCCGCCACGUUCUGCGGCCGUAGUCAUCUCCCUCAACACCAGCAGCAAGUGCGUCGGGCCUACCUUACAAGAGCGUCCUGACGGACGCCCAAAAUAA